AUGGAUCAUCCAAGUGUUAAUCGAAAUGCGUUAACUACAAUGACAAAUCAACCGAUCCGGGAAACUUCAAAACAAAACGACCUACUAGUUAAACUUCGUGCGUUAAGGCCAAAUAAACCGAAUCUAGUACAACACCUUACUCGUUCAAAUCCAAUUCAAAUUUCAUCCGGAUUGAAAAUUCUUCAAACACGAAUUCAAUCAAAUGAUGAUCCAUCUUAUCAACCGUUGGUGACAAUCAGUGAUAACGAGCAUUCCGAUGAAGAUGAUUUUGUUUCACCUAUACACAAAUUAACAAAAAAUGAAUUACGUGAAGAAUUAAAAUUAUUCCGCCAAAACGAUGCUUCGACUGGGCCAAAUACUAAUAAUGCUUUGCUUACAAAUAAUAACGACGAUGACGACGCAGAUGAUAUUGAAUUUCGAACUUAUCCAUCGACAAAACGAUCUGUUUGUUGUUCUCAAUUUCCAUUUUCAGUGAAAGAAAGAUUUUGUACAAUAUCAUAA